AUGCCUGAACCAACUAGUCUGUCCUUUGAGCUCUUUCCGGACAGAAUCCGGCAAAGCUCAGCCAUUGGGGCAGACAUCAAGUUGCCCCUUGGGAUGCCAAUUUUGAAUCCAGAGGAGCUAAGCGAGACGGACAAGGCAACUUUGAGAAAAGCACUCUUUGGGAACCAAGUUGUUGUGAUCCGAAAACAGAAGGGAAUCGAUCCCACUGCACUUCCUAAACUUGCCAAGAUUUUCGAUCCAAACGCAUCUGAUAUUCACUCCGCGGGGGAGAAACCUGUGAGCAACCCAAAGAAUAUUUUAUCGGCAUACAAAGCUGGCAGAAUACCAAGGGCCCCACAAGUGGGAAUUAUUGGCUCGGGAAAAUUUCACGAUUAUGAGGGAAUCAAAGAGCUUGAGGUCGUGCAUUUGGACCAUACUCUCUUCCACGAGGAGCCUCUCAACCAAGAUAGCCUAGAGCAAGGGUAUACUCGCCCAUACAGGUGGCACAUGGAUACUCCGUUCUAUGAAAGGUUGCCGGGGGAAGUGACUAUCCUCCAUUCGAUCCGAAUCCCCAACCUGCCCGAUCAAAAGAUCAAGUUCUCUGACGGGGAGGAGAAGGAAAUUGCUGCUGGGGCUACUGCGUUCUUCUCGGGCGCUCGUGCGUUUGAGCUUCUAUCUCCGGAGGAGCAAGAGUUUGCUCUUAACACCACGGUCACAUAUGCCCCCCAGGCGUACGAGUAUAUCAGAAAGUGCAAAUCGUCUGAAGAUGGGUUGACAAUUCCAAAUUUUGGACGUGAAGUACCAAUUGAGAAUUUGUCUGAAUGGGAGUGGAACAAGGUCGCUGAGCACCCUAUGGUUUGGCAAAAUCCCCUCAACCCAGAUCGACCUUUUCUACAGGUCCAUGGUUGCUGUGUGUAUAAACUUACCACCCGCAACCCCCAAACUGGGGAGAUCUCGAUCAUGGACGAUGUCGAGCAAGUAAGGAAGGUAGUCUAUGAUAUGCAAAGAAAGAUUUAUGCGGCAUCAAAUAUCUAUGCACACCGCUGGGAGGAAGGGGACUUGGUCAUCUUUCAUAACCGGGGAGUUAUGCACAGCAUCACUGGUCAGCUUUCACAGCACAAGGGUGACGAGGAUAAAAGACGGCUGCUAUGGCAAUGUACAAUGACUAGCACAACUCCGCCCAAGCCGUUCCGGGAAUACGAGGGGGUCAAUGACACUGGGUAUUGUAAGGCUUAA